AAUCGACGUCACGAAUCUUCCAUCGCCGUCAUCGUCCAUUUCGUGAAAAUUGGUUUUCUAUUGUCAGAGGAUUUUAUGUGCUAUUUAUGAUUUUUGUUAAUGUUCUUGUUUUAAACUAGAGAUUUUCUUCGAAUACAAUUAGUAUUUAAUACGUAAGUGAAUUGAAAAAAGUAAAAAUACGUGUGUUAAAUCGAGACUCGAUUGUUUUGAAAUGUGUUUGACCCAGUAUUAUCAUUACAUUAAAAAGUAACUCGGCGGUCGCCAUUUUUAUUUAUAAACCGAAUUAUUUAUCGUAUAAUUCGAAAUCGAAAACGUGUAAUAUUGAAUAAAUUUUUCCGAAUAAUAUUGGCCGAAAGCGUGUUUGAUUUCAUGUGCUAAAUAUUCGAGUCGUUCGAUUUUUCGUUUCAUAACACUCUCUCAUACCGUUGUGAUACCUCCUAAUUUUUGUGUUAAUAUUUUGUUGCAGGACUUGAUUUUAUGUUUAAAAGUCAAAGCAACAUUUUAACGACUUUAAAGACGUAUAAACUGUUGAUAUCGCGGUUCUCGCGUUAAAAAGACAAUUCGUUUGAUAAAAAUUGAAUAGUUGAGAUAUCAGUUUGUUCAAGAUAUCUGAAUGAAAGAAUUAAAAAUGCUCAAUCACAUGACGAAUAAUCAUUCGGUUCCUGCGAAGCCUCAUCUAGCCGCAAAAACAACCAAAUUGGUUAAAAACAACGUCGAAAACAAUAUCGAAGACGCUAAUUGGAAAGCUAAGUUGAAAUUACCACCUCCCGAUAAUCGAGUAAAAACUAGCGAUGUAACCGAAACCAGAGGCAAUGAUUUCGAAGAAUUUUGCCUUAAACGUGAAUUACUUAUGGGAAUAUUCGAAAAAGGUUGGGAAAAACCGAGUCCCAUUCAAGAAGCUAGUAUACCCGUUGCUCUUUCCGGUAAAGAUAUCCUCGCUAGGGCGAAAAACGGUACCGGUAAAACUGGAGCCUACUGUAUUCCUAUUCUAGAACAAAUCGACCCGAAUAAAGAUGCCAUUCAAGCUCUCAUUAUCGUACCUACUAGAGAAUUAGCUUUACAAACUAGUCAGAUAUGCAUGGAGUUAGCGAAGCAUUUGGGUGCUAAAAUAAUGGUCACUACGGGUGGAACAAAUUUACGAGAUGAUAUUUUAAGAAUAUAUCAACGUGUUCAAGUCAUCAUCGCUACUCCCGGACGUAUUUUGGAUUUGGUUGACAAAGGCGUCGCUAAGAUGGAACUUUGCAAGAUACUGGUUUUAGACGAAGCUGAUAAAUUAUUAUCUCAAGAUUUUAAAGGAAUGCUAGACCUAAUUAUUCAGAAAUUACCAAAAGACAGGCAAAUAUUGUUAUAUUCUGCUACUUUCCCAUUGACUGUCAAAAUGUUUAUGGAUAAAUAUUUGAAAGAUCCUUUCGAACUUAAUUUAAUGGAAGAACUUACGUUGAAAGGUGUAACACAAUAUUACGCUUUCGUGCAAGAAAAACAAAAAGUGCAUUGUUUAAAUACCCUGUUUUCUAAGUUACAAAUUACGCAAAGUAUCAUCUUUUGUAAUUCAACUCAAAGAGUAGAACUUUUAGCGAAAAAAAUUACUGAACUAGGAUACUGUUGUUAUUACAUUCACGCCAAGAUGGCCCAACCGCAUAGAAAUCGCGUUUUUCACGAUUUCAGAGCAGGUCUUUGCCGAAAUCUUGUAUGUUCCGAUCUUUUUACCAGAGGUAUCGACGUACAAGCUGUAAACGUAGUUAUCAAUUUCGAUUUUCCUAAAAUGGCCGAAACUUAUCUUCAUCGAAUUGGUCGUUCUGGGCGUUUCGGUCAUUUAGGUAUUGCUAUCAAUUUAAUCACCUACGAAGAUAGAUUCGCGUUGCAUAGAAUAGAACAAGAAUUGGGAACGGAGAUAAAACCAAUUCCGAAGGUCAUCGAUCCAGCCCUUUACGUACCUUCGAUGCUGGAAAAUCACAUUGAAGAUGGGAACGAAAACAACAAAUAAUCGUGCUGCUAUCGUAACGCUCUCGCUAGCUCGAUUUUUCUAUUUAAGUUCCGUCUGAAGCAAUAUUUACUUGAUUUUUCUCCUUUUACAUAUUUUAUCUCCGCGAAUGUUCUGCGCAUGAUUUUAAUUUAAUCCAACUUCGCAAUUCAGUUGAUAUUCAUGCCAUCGUUUCUUUUUUUCCUUUUUCUGUUUGUAAAUACCUCUCUUUUUUUUGUACAGUGUUGUAAAUAGGCGUUGUAUAAUAGGUAAUUUUUUUUAUCGCGCGAUUUUUACUCGACUUACCUUAGAGUCGUUAUCGCGUGAUUUGAACGAUUUAGCAUCGUUGCUGAAUCGUGUACGCAGAUGAUUUUUGUUUUUUCCUCAUUUUUUCUCUUUCUUUUACGCAAUCCGCCGGAUAUACAUAUUAACUGUCGAAGAUCUCUAAAAUUAUGUUUUUGUUCGUUGUUUACCGUUGUAGUCGUCUCUCGUCGUCGUCGUACUUGGUUAUAUUUUCGUUUUUUUUUCUCUCUUUUCCUUUCAACUUUUAAAAAAUUUGUACAAUUUGUAAAUAUUACGAUUUAUCGUACGUUCCGUUGUCAUCGCGGGAAACGAUACGAGGAUUUUUUAUACCGAAGUUUUAACGAAAAAUUUAUUCGUUUUCGCACCAACAAUGAGGAGGAGCGUCCUCGUUUUUCAUAUUUUCUUAGUCGUUACGUGGAAAUGCGUUUUUCUUCGCGUUGUUUUACUCGAUCCGAAUAUUAAUUAGAGAAUGUGCACUGAAGAAAAAUUCGAUAUUUGUAAAUAAUUCGUACGUGUUUUGAUCUUGCUUUUGUGUAGAAUUACCAAGUGCAUUGGUUCGAAUAUUUGUGAUACGUUUUCGGAUAAUGAGAAAAACUCGUUUUCACCUCUUCGUGUUUGACAAAGAUACACGAGUUAGAAGUUUUUUUCUUUCUUUUUUUUUUUUUUUCGUUCGAAGAGCUGUAGAAUUUUUUACUUACUGUGGUUUUAAAAAGAGAUCGAUUUUUUUUUUCUAUUAUUUAUUGUAUGUACAUAAAACCAUCGUUUUGUACUUUUUCACAAAUUUUUAAUUAUGUGUUCGGUUACCAUUAUAAAAGUGUUGACUGUACUACGAAGUGGGGGUUUUGUGGCCGGGUGGAAGGGAGGGAUGUCCGAUUUUUUUUUGCAAUUGUGUGAGUUGUUGAAAAUUUCCAGGGGAGGGGGUGGGGUGGGGUGAAAAUUGACCCGAUUUCAAAGCGGUAUUAAAAUUCUUUCUCGCUUUUGAAUUUUUUGUUUUACUUUUUUUUCUUACAUAUUUUGGGAAGCAUGAAUUUCAAUUUUCGAAGUUGAUGCUUCCAUGUGAUACGAGUUAAGUCUCGAUUCAGUGACCGGGGUUAUUGUGAGGAAAAAAACGUACCCUUCUCAGUGAUAGAUGAAUAUUUUUUUUAUUUAAUCGACGUACACGUAUAUCGAUUUUAUUUCUAAAUUUUGGCCUCGAUUUUAACGAUUCAAAAUUAUUAUCGAUUUAACACGAACUUGUUUUGAAAUCACUCCGCUUAGUUAUUUAUUUCUUUUCUCAAAAAUUUACGUAGUGACUGUGUCAGUAUAGAUGAUAUUUUUGUUGGCUAAUGCCUGUUUCUUUCUGAUUAUUUUUUUUUUCAUCGUCUUUCUCAGGAUUUAGAUUUAGAUAUAAUUGAACUGGUUUCUGGAAUGGUUGAAGAUAUUCCCGAGGAAAGGAUUGUCUUUGGUUUUAUUUUAAGAAUUUUGUGGCAUACGAGGCUUUGAUAUUUCACUUAAAGUGGUACGAAAUUAUUCCCCAUUGGUAGAAUAUCGAUGUAAGAAACGUUAAAACAGAAUUUUCCAUUUAUUUAUUUAUUAAUUAGUCGAAUUACUCGAAGAUAUCAUUUUUCUCUAUCCUUUCCUCGAAAUUUUAACCGCCUUUGUGGCAGUUCAGUCGAUAUUCUACCUAAUUUUUUUUUGUUUUUUACGAACGCCGAAUUCUAAAAAAUGAUUCAAGCCUCGUAAUCUAUCUUUCGAUUUUUUUUUUUUGGAUAAAUAAUUUGUUUUUCGAAGAAAAUGGCGUUCGAUUAAUUCUUUUUCAAGUUGAGUUUACGCAUACGUUACGUCGUCGCGAAGAAUAUUUUAAAAUCCAGCAGCAAGUAAUGGAUUAUUUUUUUUUUUUAGUUGUUACUCUGGUAUUAAAACUGUAAUGCUCGUCGUUUUAGUAUUUUAAUUUUUUUUUUAUUUUAUAUAUUUAUUGUUUAGUCUUGUUUAAUUAAUAUGGUUUAUUAUUUAUGCUGUUCUCUUUUCCCAUAUAUUUUUUUUGUUUUCUCUAUUUCUGUUCUUCUCGCUGUUCUGUUCUGUUCCUUCUGUAUCUGUUUCUCUCUGAGCCGACGUAAGAAUAUUUAAUGUAUUAAAUGCUAGGAUGCUGCGAAUGUGAAAUUUCGAGUUAAAGAUAAACGUGUAACGUAUGCGGAAAUUGUUAUUUUGAAGUUUUAUCGACGAUUGGUGAAUAAUUGUCGAAGAUGUAAUGAUAAUAAUGAACCUGUGUUUUUUUUUUAAUGAAAUGAAACGAUCGCUGAUGCAGUUAUUUUACAUCGAAGUGAAGCUAUCGUGUCGUUUUUCAAUGUUCAUCGUAGACAGACGUUCAUCUCCGGUUUUAGUUUAUUUAUUUAAUUGUUCUAACUGUUCAAACUUCUCGUGGCAUGAUGAAAAUUUUGUUUUUGAAUUUACCUAAGAAAAAUAAUGUGAUCUGAGUCUCUUUUUUCAGUCUGUCUAUGAUGUUGUAUCGAUUAUCGAAUUAUGUAAUUACGAAAAAAGAGAUGAAUUUUGGUUUUUAUUUACAAAAAAAAAAAUUAAUUGUUUUUGAUUGAAUAAUAAAUCAGAUGUUGAUUCCGUGA